UUCCUGUUGUGUACUUUAAUAUUGACCAUUCCUUCUGUGUAUGUUGCCAGUAGUAUAGAAUUCACCUCCUGGAGGUAAGGCCUAGCCAACAAUUUUGUAUCACAAUUUGUUUUCUCAGUUUGAUUUUUCUUUAAAGCAAUUAAGAUUCAGUAGCUCUGUGUGUCCAGUUCAACUUUAGUACAUAGCUCACAACAGUCGAUACCUGAAAAUGUGCCAGCACAGGCAGCCAGUGGCUCUACUAGAUCAGCUAACAAAUUUUUCAAUUACAUCUGCCAGCUUUUUAUGACUGGGUGACGUGUUGUGAAUGAAUAAUGAAUAAUGCAAAUUUCAUUCUGGAAUUUGUCCUUCUCAUUUGGUUCUUCCAGUAACAUUUUUCCUUGGAGACUGAAAGUUACUUUCUUCUUCAUGGAUUUUCAUUCCUUUUACUUAUAUAAAUUUCUUCUGAACUGUACCAUAACAUUUCGGGCAUACAGCCAAUAAAUUCAGCUUCUUCUAAUAUUUUGGCUGAAUACCAUCUGAAAUUGAAAACAGUUUCUGUUUGUUAAGGGAUUAAUAUGGGUCAAUUCUAUGAUAAUCAAGACACAUACAGUCCAGGAGAGACGCAUAGAGCACCUCAGGUACACCUGUCUCUUACAACCUAAUAAAUAAGCAGUAGCAGAGCACUGUAUGGACACUGGGCACUCUAUGGUGUACCAUAAUGUCGAAAUUUUGGCCUCGACUUCAUCUUUAAUGGACUCAUCAGUGAAAGAAGCGAUUGAAAUUCAUUUGGCGACAGAUUUAAGUAAUAGAGAUUGUUGCUUCAUCUUGGACAAAUCAUAGAAUCUGGCAAUUUCUGUAAUUAAUCACAAAGACGUCACGGCGAUGCAGCUCUCCGUGACACACAGGUAUCACCAUGUGGAUUGACUGCGCAGCCAUAGAUUUAAUUUCCAUGCAUAUGUUACACUCUUUGCCGUGUAUCAACAUCUCUGGCACCUUGUGUAUCUUUGGCUGCAUACGCAUUGGUUCGGUACUAGAGUUUAAAAGGACGGAGCAAGUGUGGCAGUGUUAGUUACCUUGGCUCACUCUGAAGAUGGCUGUACAGUAUUCAGCUGAAAUAUUAGAAGAAUAAGAAGAAUUUAUGCAGCUACACACCCAAAAGUUUAUGGAACAGUCUUUAUGCCGCGAAAGCAUGAAGAUGCACUUCUUCCGAACUAUUUGAAGUACACCACCUCACGCUCUUGCUGUUAUCUGCAGUGCUACCAGGAUUUCAGUUUUUCUGGCAUUCUUUCUGUCGCGAAAAAAAUCAUGCAGCAUGUGUAUGACUUUGUUCUCGAUUAUCAUAGAAUUGAGCCAUAUUAAUCGCAUAACAAGCAAAUAGCAAAUGUGAUGUACUAACAUGUAAAUGAUCGAAUAAACGGGAACACAGUGGUAAAGUUGUCAAUGAAAGCUCUGGAAGUAAAGUGUGUUCUUGCACAUAAACAGCAACAGUGAUAGACAUCUAUUUGGAGGAUGAUGUUUCUUUCUUAAUCUACUGAUAUGGCAAUCACAGUAUGAAUGUCAUUAUCAUGAGAGCUGCAAUCAUUUAUCUCCUUUGGGCAAACAGUGACAACUCGUUGGCAGUAAAAGAAGGAGGGGUCACAAAGAAUGGAAGGACUGAAAUUCCACCUCAGGCUACAUUUACAACAAAUAACUAUCAGUGACUACUUUUUUUCAAGUAUCAGAAGAUUUACAGACCAGAAAGAAAGCCAAUUAAUAUAUCAAUGGUUUUCUUUAUGGUUUGUUAAAUCUUCUGAUACUCCUUAUGAUUUUAAUCUGGUGGAAAUGAUUGUAAAUGCACAUUAGGCUUCUGCCAUUGUUAAGUUUUGCAAAUAGCACAUUUGCCUUGCAAUAAAAUCAGCAUAUAAGCUGUAAAUUCUGUGUGCCACUUUUUCCAUUGCUUACAAUUGUAACAAAAGAGGAAAUACAUGGUAGCAGCUGUAAUACUUCUGUAAUGGUAAGAGAUAUUUGUAUAGUAUCACACUUCCUAUAACUGGACGUUUCAUGUUAGGUAUUUAAUGGAAAAACAGAUCAUAAGAAUUAUAAGUUGAUAACAGCAAUAUUGUUUGUGGCUGGUUGCUGUAUUUAAUUUACAAUCUUUGUAAUUGUUACUCACUGUAAAUGUGACACAUAAGCAAGCACACCUCGCAUAAUAGUCAUUUCUGCAUGAAGUGUGCUUGAUGUGUGAAUGUGGUGUGCAUUAGUUUCUGAAGAAGGCUUUGGCUGAAAGCUCAGUGUGUACAAGAGUUUUCGUUAUGCCUUUCUGCAUAUCAUUGUAUCAUCUUUAUAGUAAUAUUGUUGACAUUCCAACCUGGACUUUCCAUUGUUUAAUUUCUUGACUAUAUACUUAGGUAAUGACAUGGUGGGAUUCCACAUUGAGGAUUACUGUCUCAAUUUCAUCGACUGCUGCCAAAGGAGACUGGGUUGCCGUGUAGACCGAAAAGGACUGCUUGUUGAACAUGGUGGCCGCACAGUGCUCGUUAGGCCCUUGCCUAUCGGUAUUCCGUAUGACCGGUUUGUCAAGAUGGCCGAAGUUGCACCUAAAGUAUUACCUACAAACCAGAAAUUUGUUUUGGGAGUAGAUCGUCUUGAUUACACAAAAGGCCUUGUGCACAGGCUGAAAGCAUUUGAGUUACUACUGGAAAAAUAUCCAGUACAUAUUGAGAAGGUUACACUUCUUCAGAUAUCAGUUCCAUCAAGAACAGAUGUGAAAGAAUAUCAAGAUCUAAAAGAAGAGAUGGACCAAAUGGUGGGGCGCAUAAAUGGUCGUUUCACAACUUACAACUGGUCUCCGAUUCGAUACAUUUAUGGCCAAGUGGGGCAAGAUGAGCUGGCUGCCUUCUAUCGAGAUGCUGCUGUCGCUCUUGUUACACCUCUUCGAGAUGGAAUGAACCUUGUCGCCAAGGAGUUUGUUGCUUGUCAGAUUAAUGAGCCUCCAGGAGUUCUAAUAGUUUCACCAUUUGCUGGAGCAGGUGAGAUGAUGCAUGAGGCCCUGAUCUGUAAUCCAUAUGAGGUACACAUGGCUGCUGAAAUAAUUCACAGGGCAUUAACAAUGCCUGAAGAUGAACGGACACUACGAAUGAACUACCUUCGUCGGAGAGAAAAGCUUCAUGAUGUAAACUAUUGGAUGAAAUCAUUUUUCAAGGCCAUGGGCUCACUGAGGGAAGAUGGUGAUGAUGGUUUACCCACAACAAUGCAGCCAGUGACUAUGGAUGACUUUGAUGAAUAUUUGUCCAAGUACCUGGGCAACCACCACAAGCUGGCCCUGCUGCUGGAUUAUGACGGAACCCUGGCUCCUAUUGCACCUCACCCAGACUUAGCAAUUCUGCCUCCAGAGACCAAGAGUGUCUUGGAACGAUUAUCAAACAUGCCUGAUGUUUAUGUUGCUAUUAUAUCUGGAAGAAAUGUUGUAAAUGUGAAACAAAUGGUGGGCAUUGAGGGCAUAACAUAUGCUGGUAACCAUGGUCUUGAAAUUUUGCAUCCUGAUGGAAGCAAAUUUGUUCAUCCAAUGCCAAUAGAAUUUGAAGACAAGGUGACUGAUUUGUUAAAAGCACUUCAGGAGCAGGUGUGCAGAGAAGGAGCAUGGGUGGAAAAUAAAGGGGCUCUGUUAACAUUCCACUAUCGCGAGACACCUAUGCACUUGCGGCCUGAAAUGGUUGCACAAGCUCAGACUCUGAUUGAACAGGCAGGAUUCAAAGCUGGAUCUGCCCACUGCGCAAUCGAAACAAAGCCUCCGGUACAGUGGAACAAAGGACGAGCAUCUCUUUAUAUUCUGCGAACUGCCUUUGGAGUUGAUUGGAGUGAACGAAUCCGUAUAAUUUACGCUGGUGAUGAUGUUACUGAUGAAGAUGCCAUGGAGGCUCUAAAGGGAAUGGCAGCUACUUUCAGGGUGACGUCAUCCCACAUAGUGAAGACUGCUGCCGAACGGCGACUUCCAAACACCGAUUCAGUCCUCACGAUGCUCAAGUGGUUAGAGCGCCACUUGAGUGGGAGAGAGCCUCGACAGGAUGCAAAUGGUGGCCCCUACAGGCGCCCUUCCAAAAGUAAGGGAUCUCGAUUAAGUGUUACAAGUGAAAUGUCAUAUACACCACAUUCCGUGUCACCAGAACCUCAGUCACCAGCAGUCUCUAAUUAGGUGGUCAGUCCAUCUCUGCCUGUCUGUCUGCUAUGUAGGGAAGUUCAUCACUUGUGUAUGUGGCUUUUUUUCUCGAGUUUGAAUAUGGGGUUACCAGUAGCGUAUGUUCCCAUAUUUGUCUAUUUGUCUCUAAUUACGAUUUAUUGAGAAAGACAUAGUUAGAGGAUAGAGAGAUUGUUCCCAGUGUAACAUGUUGUAAGAUAACAAAUGUCUACAACUGUACCUACAGAAGUUUUUAUGCAUUUUGGUGCACAAAUAUGUGACAAUGUGUAAGAGUAUCUGGUAAGAAAUGAUACAAGUGGUUUGCUAAUUGUUUACAAAAAUAUUUUUCAUACAUAAUUCUUCAAACAGUGUGUAUAAAAGGAAAGCAAAAGAUGUCAUGAGAAUGCCUUCUGUGUCUUUUAUUCUUACGGAAUACUUAUUUAGUGUUCUUUUCGUACUUGGAUUCUGUCCUCUGUAUUGUGUUCUUGACGUUGCAACUAAAUGGAAUCAGAUUUGUAGAGAUUUUGCCUGAAUGUUUACAUUUUAUUUUGUGGAAAGAUUUAUCUUUUGUAUUUUACAGAUGAGAUUAAAGCUGUAAUUUGUUGAAUUCAGUGAUAUAUGUUUUUAGGCCGUUUUUGUAUGUAUAUUGGAAAAAGAAUGUUUUUAACAAGAGAUUUAAUGUUAUACAGUGUCUUUCUUUGCAACAACUACUCCAGUCACUGUUUUUGUUGUUUCUUUCUCUUUAUACCCAUAAUCUUGUAUGUUGCAUGUAUGGAAAUUAAGAUUUUCAUUUCUAUGUGUAUUUUGUGUGCUGCUCUUCAUCACUUUCUCAGUGUAAUGCAAUCAGAAAUUUUGUUGUUGCAUUAGAGAGAAAAUACCUGUAAGAUGCCAGCAGUUCAAUUUUAAUCUCAUGUAGAAAGAUUGUUUCAGAUAUUUAAAUUGGAGAUGACAGAGUGAUGUUAGGGCAGAUGUGGGUCAGUAUGUAGCCGCUAAUUUGUCCAAUGUUCAGUGCUUUGCAUUAAGGGCUGACACAUUUGUAAAUAGUCAGAGAAACUAUCUUAAAAAUAUGGUUUCUGUAUUCUAUUUUUUUGUGUUUUUCUUUUUUAGUCUUUGUAUUUCAACAGCCACAUGUGUGAUAUAUUGUCUGUGGUAUGUUAUUAAAAGUAUAAUGUAAUUAUGGAAAGGGAUGUCACAUACAUUGUAAAAUAUGGGACACAUUGAGUUGUUAAGUUUAUCUUUUUUGUAGUAGAAAUAAUUGUUGGAGUAAGAUCUAUGUAAUUAUUUUUAUUCCAACCUUAAAUCAACUUUCAGCUUUAAAAUCUGAAGCUUUAAUAAAUAUCUCAAUAUCAGUAACAGAGAAACUUAUCGAUAAGAAAGUCAUUGAAGCAUCAAAAUGCAUACGCAUUUCCAAUUUGAAACUAAACAGUUUUAUUGUAGUAGAUAUUAUAUGUGACAAAGAUAGUGAGCAGAGGUCAGUAAAGAAGCUUAGUUGUUUAAUUCGUGAUAUUCACAUUCUGUGGUCCAUUGGGUAUCUAUAUAGGACAGAGGUACAUAUUUUUAUAUACAUUGGGUGGUAUUUAAGUGUGCCAAAAGUGACUGUCACCAGUUUCACUUAGUGAGGACCCAGCAUUUCUGUGUCACUGUGGUAAGUGGUGAAAACACAGAAGUGGAGCCAAUGUGUUAUAUUUAUUCAGAUGAAUUUUACAGUAGAAAAUAUCUAAUCAUACUUGUCAUCUUUUAUGGUGUUUCACCCUAAAAUCCAAUAUUUUUUUCCAAUUGCUGUUGUGUCUACCAUUUACCUGAUUAAUGAUUAAUGCAGAGUUAAAUUGCCACCACUCACAUAACUAUAAAUACGGACUCUACACAAGCCUCCAUUCCUCACAGCCUGAAAUUUUUCUAUUCAAUUUAUGAAUUAAAAUGCCUUUUAUCAAACAGAUAGUGUUACACAGAACUCCGUCAGUCACCCUACACAUGAUAAUUACGACAGCUUGAGGUUUCUGCCUCACGGAGGUGCAGAGAGUAUUAUAUCUAAUAAAUGAUGUGAAGCUGAACUAUGUUGAAGACCAAAAUGGUCUGAAACAGGAAUCCAAUUGUAUCAGCCUGUCAUAAAUUGCAAGUUUAAAAUUACAUAAUAUUCUCAGCUAAGAGUAAUGUGGCCAUUUAGUCAACUGUUCAUUUCUUAUUUUGUUCAUUAUCAUUGAGAAUAUUCCACGUUUUGAAAAUUAUUUUCAAUUUAAAAUAUUAUACACAUUUUUGGAGUUCUUAUAGCCUCACAGAAUUCUACAUCUCGUUUGCGCCCUAUAACAAAAUGUUUGCACAUUCCGGAACAUCUCACAGAAGUAAAAAUAAAUUGGAUGUUGAAUAAAUUGUUAUUAUGGGUUUCUGAUCACUGCAGAAACUGUCUCAUUUCACCUUUGAGAUGAACAUUCAGCAAGAGUAGGGAUUAAUGAUGUUAACUUCCCAGCAAAUCUCACAUUCUUAGCCUAAAACUGCUAUCAAAAGCUACAAUCUACUGACCACAGUAAGCUCAUCAGAAUAAACACUUGCCUUACACCAGUUUAUUAUGCAAAAACCUAAGAAGUGUGAUUUAAAAUUGUGUCUAUUCGUUGUGAAUUAUGAAUAAUGGCAAGCAUUUUGUGACUGGAGGUUUGUGAAACAUUUGUGCGUAUGGUAUUGGUUUCAUCCAUUAUAUGGCAGUCUUUAGUAUAAAUAUUAGCUCACUAUUUCCUGUUUCUUGAGAGGAAAACAUUGGUCUUCCUCUGGUGUUGGUUCUUCCAAAUGUCUUGCGCUAUUUUCAAGGUUCCUAUUUGGAACUGCUUUUCUGUUCAGAAAGGCAGUCUUGUGUAAGCCUAAGUGAAUCUCCUUUUUUUUUUAGUAUACAGAUACUGUAAAAUGUGUGUUUGGAAACUAAUCAAGGGCACCAGUGGCUUUUAUAUAAAUUCAGUGUCUUCUAUUUUUAUGUGUUAAGGAAAUGUUGAUAUAUUUUAGAUGUUUAUCAUUGUAUAAAGUAAUUGUGACUUAGUUGACUCACAGACAUGAGAGUUGUUGCAGUUCCGAAAUGAACUUUUUGUUGUUAAUUUCUUUAAGGUAAUGUUAGAAAUUGUUUCAGACAUUUCAGUAAGAAUUGUUAAAAUGAUAUUUUUGUGAUAAAAUCUGUAUUUUUUUCUUCCAUGUGUGUGAUUUAAUUAGUUGUUCUGCCACAGCCAAAAUAGAUUUUGUUAUUGUCCUGCUGUAACUAUCACUGAGUAACCCAAAGUUAAGACCCUCCAUACAGAUCAGCUUUCCUUAGCAACACUGUUUCAUACAUGUAUGGCUUUUUAUAAAGGCUGUGACACGACAUGAAAUCUAGUAUAAACAUUUAAGUAAAUUGCCCUGCAGACUGGGCGUCCAACACAAGCCAUGGUGCUAUUACUCGUGGAAAGGAAUGAUACAAAAAAAAGGUGAUUUAAUUUGUACACAUUUACUGUAUUUAAAGAUAAAGCUCUUGUUAGUGUAAGUAAUUUUAUUAAAGUUAUAUAUGUUAAGUAAGCUCAGUAUUGAAACAAAGAUUCCCUUUACGUACUUUCUAAAAGUGUUUGUUGAACUUAUUUUUAUGACUGUUAUACAUAUCAAGAAAAUGUGACGCUAAUGUUAAGUGAAUGUUGUAGUUUAAUUUAAAUGUUAACACAAGUAUAUAUGAGACGUGGAAAUUUCAGGAAAAUACUCUGUGCAGUUUUUUGUAUCUGUCAGUGGACAAAAUGAAAAACAAAUAAAAAUACUAUAACAUUGA